GACUUAACGGUUCGUAUUUGCUUGCAACGCGCUCUCCCGGAAUAAAAAAAAGCUCAGUGCCUCUUCAUCCGCAAUUAAAAUUGUGCUCUUGAGAAGUUCUAGUUGAUAAAAAAAAAAACGGAAGAUUCAAGUGCGAUAGCUAAACGGUUGAAUUAAGAAAGCACUCUCACUAAAUAAGUGCUUCAGACACAGACGAUAGAUAGCCUUUCACUAGGAGACCACCCGCGGCUGUCUGAUUUACAGGAACGAAAAGAUAAAAGAGGAACAGCAGGAACAUGGGUAAAGCUCAGAGCAAGCGAUCGAUCGAUAUUACUACCGAUCCCAAGAAGAUCGGCGAAGGAGAUGCGGUGGCCGGGAAGGUAGAAAAGAUCGAGGAUCCCGACCAGAAGGCAGCAGCGCCGGCCGUGAAUGGUGAUGCGGCCACGCCCAAGGAGGCAGCCGGUGACGAAGCAGCAGGCGGCGAGAAAAAGGAGUCUGAGGAGCACUCGGAAAAUGAUAAAGAUCUGACUACCGAGAAGAAUACAGCCGCAGCAGCUGAGGGCGCCUCUGGGGAUGUGGCAGCAGCGGCCGAAACGCCUAAAAGCGAUGCCUCCCCAGAGGGCUCGUCCCCCAAGGAGGCAGCCGCCGGAGAGGAAAUCUCACCACUGGCCGACGAGAGCAUCAAGUCCAAAUCCAAAAAGGAUAAGGUCAAGAAGAAGUGGUCCUUCCGAAGCAUCUCGUUUGGCAAGAAGGACAAACAAAAACCAGCCAAGUCCGAGGAGCCCGUCUCUCCGACAUCGGCCACAACAUCACCGACCACGGCUGAGGCAGCUUCUCCUGCUACCGAUGAGCCAGCGGCCACAACAAACGGAGAAGCCGAGCAGCCAGAAGCAGAGAAUGCCAGCGGUGCUCCCACCACUGAGACCACGUCCAAGGAUCAAGCAAAGCCCUCUGAAAACGGUUCGGCCAGCGAGCAGGAGAAACAAGCCAACGGAGAGGCGGAGAAGGCGGCGCCAUCCCCAGCAGCAGCAGUCGUAGAAGCGGAAAAGCCCAAGACUGCCGAAGAACCAAUCCCAAUUGCCACUGUCUCUGUCACCACCACCGACACGAAUGUUGUUGUCGCCACCAAUACCGCCACCGAAGAAGCCGUCAAAGAGAGCCUGAUAGAGCAAGCUGAGGUUGUGACCAAUGGCCAUGGUGCUGCAUCUGCCGGCGAGGCGCUGACCAAUGGCGAUAGCAAUGGCCUGUCCGAAUCAUCACCCGUAGUUCAGACGGUAGCAGCAGCAGUCGUCGAGAACAUUCCAAGCAGCGUUGAUGAGGAGCCACACCAGAAUGGCACAAACGGUCUCUCUUCCGGCAGUGCCACGCCACCGCCCACACCCGUCGCUGUCACUGCCGCCGAGUCCUCUGAGGCCGAACAGAUCAAGAACAAGUCGCAAAUCGAGGUAAACCCCACCAACACAGACACCACCACCACCACUUUCAACUUCUCCAACGCACAACACAACAAAAACACUGUAAAUACAAGUACAACAAUAACAACAACCGAAAACGAAACCGAAACCACAGAGAACACCACAACAAAAACAACCACUGAGACCGAGACUGUUGUAGCAGCCACAGAGUUAGUUAAGACCCAAACAAUCCGAACAACCACCAACAAGAUCCUCCAGGCAGCAGCAGCAGCAGAAGAAGCAGAAGAAGAAGCUCAAGUCGUUGAAGCAAUCAUUCAAGCGGUUAGUAGCGAGGUGGAGGCCGAAGCCGAUGCCGAUUACGAGGGAUUCGUUGUUGUUGACCCCGAAACCGAAACUAAACCCAAAACUGAACUCGAAGGUGAAUCCGAAUCCGCACUUGAGUCCCCCAGUGAAGCUAUUGCACCCGUUUCCCCUUUGUCCAAAGGCGAACCAACCAAAAUUCCAGUCGAUGGAGAGUCCGCUUCAGAGCCCAGCUCUGAUCGUGCCGAUGCCGAUGUAGUUGUUGAGGCAAGGAACAGCAGUCCACCACCGUUGCCCAAGUCGCCGCCACCCUCCCGUGUCUCUGCCUUUAUCCUCGCCGAGGAUGCGAUCGAAGAGCCAGAACAGAGACAGGCACCGACCUCACCAAUAGAUAUAGAACGAUCGGAAAUCGAGAAGCAAGCCAUCAGCAUUGUGGAUGAAAUAACCGAACAGGCGGCCGUGAUUGUAACCGAAGAGCAAAAAGAGAGUCACGAAGCAGUCGAGGAGUUGGAAAAGCCAGUCGUCGAGGAAACAAUUGCAGUUGCAUCUUCCACGUCCACGGAUGCUGAAGUGCUAGCUAAACCGACACCAGCAACGGAUGAUGAUGAGGAUGAUGAUAAAGAGACAAGAUCGCCAGAACAGGAGGCUAUCGUAGAAUCGCAAAGCGAUAACGACAGCACUGUCGAUAACGAUAACAUCAUCAUCACAAGCGAACAGGCUGGUGCGCCGCUCACCACUAAAAUUGGGGAACUGCCACAGGUGGAUGUCCGAGUGAACGAAGCAGAAGAAGAGAGCAACAACAAGGAUAUCGCCAAGGAUCUGAAGGAGAAGAACGCCGCGGCAGACCAGAAAACACAGGAACUGCCCGUUACAUGCGAAUAAACCUACUCAUAAUUAUAUAUAAUAUUACAUAUUAUUAAAACAGAAAACCAACAAAAAAACAAACAAAAACAAA